AUGCGCUUCGCCGCUACUCUCGUCGCGCCUCUCGCGCUCUCCCUCCAGGUGGCUGCUCACGGCUUCAUCGGACACAUCACUAUCGAUGGCAAGGAGUACAAGGGCAAUGGCGACGGUGGCGACCCUUCGACGACCGCCAUCCGCCCCACCAAGCCGUAUGAUGUCGGCCCCGUCCUGGACGUCACCGACAAGCAGAUGAGCUGUGGUCUUUCCCCCGUCAGCAACGCUGCACUCGUUGCGGACGCGAACGCUGGUUCCGCACUGGAAGUUCUCUGGGUUGGCCAGGGCAACACCAACUGGAUUCACGAGGUCGGCCCCGUCAUGCACUACAUGGCCGAAUGCACCGGCGUCGACGACUGCACCACCUUCGACUCUGCGAACGCCAAGUGGUUCAAGAUCGACGAACAGGGCUUCAAGUCCGACGGCACGACAUGGGUCAUGCAGGACCUGUACAACGGGAAGCCUGUCAAGUUGAACAUCCCUGAGAACCUGAAAUCGGGCAACUACCUUUUGCGUUCCGAGGUCAUCGCUCUCCACCGUGCCAACGUCGAGGGCGGCGCCGAGUUCUACCCGAACUGCGUGCAGCUCAAGGUCGGCGGCUCGGGCACUGAGACGCCCAGCUCGACCGUCAAGUUCCCUGGCGCGUACUCCGCGACCGACCCCGGCAUCUUGGUUCCCGACAUCUUCAACCCGGGCUUCAAGUACACCUUCCCUGGCGGCGCUGUCGCAAACCUCGGUGGCUCCGGCUCUUCCUCAUCUGGCUCGUCUUCGGAUGACGAUGACAGCUCGUCGACUUCCAAGUCGGCUGCCACUGCGACUGCCAAGGCGUCUGGCGCGACUUCGACCAAGAAGGCCGCCUCGACUUCCAAGGCUGCCGCUUCUACUGCCGACGCCGCAUCCACCGCUGCUGUCGCCGAGCCUACCACGACUAAGGCCGCCUCGACCUCGAGCACGAAGGUCGGCGCCGCUUCGUCCUCCGCUGCCGCAUCGGCCAGCACUGGUCGCUGCAAGGCCGGCAACCGCAAGCGCCGCGCCGAGAAGAAGCGUCAGGCCGACGAGGCGCUCGCCCGCCGUGCCAAGGCUGCGCGCGCCCACCACAACGCG